CGGGUCUCUCCGCCAGUCGCAGCCGGAGAAGAGUAUCGACAGCACGCAUUUCCUGGAGCUCUCCGUUGUUACGUGAAACAGAAAAAUGCGCAAACAUUUGUUUUAUCCUGGGAGAAUGGCCGUUUCAUUCCGUAAGGGACCACGGGGAUUUCUCCGUCAGGAUCCGACUGACGCAGCCAAAGUCCUGAAAGACAACCCGUCUCUGCAGGACAAGUCUGCACCUGUCAAGGAGGAGCUGGUCAGGCAAAAUGCGCUGACUGUGGUCCGCCAGAGAGGAGGAGACCCUUCAGAUAAAACUGAAGUGUCUGGAGAUUACAUCCUGCAGUUUGGGAAGUACAAGGGGAAGUCCUUCCGCUGGCUUCUGGAGAAUGACAUUGGGUAUACCAUCUACCUGAUCAGGAACCAGCAAAAGGAGGAGGCUGCAGGAUUGUUCAUGGCAGCGGGGCACAACAAGGACAGCCUACUGUCAUUUGUGACCUAUUCCCUCAUCUUUCCAGAAAUCCAAUCUCUUCUCAGCUAUGAGGAACAAAAGCCAGUUGUGACAGCAGCAGCAUCGGAGGACGACCAGCUGGUUGGUUUUGGCUCUCGUGCCAACAACACCUGGCGAGAGAUUUGGGACAGCAGGGAGGAUGGCUAUUCAUCCUUCAUUGUGAAGACAAAGUGUGCUGCGGGGACAAAGAUGCACAAGCUCCAACUCUACCUCCAGAAGAAGCUGCAUCCACCCACCGUGUCCUCUCUGAUGACACACGCCUCACAUGCUCCUGCUGAAGCCAUUGUGAUGGAUGAAGAUGAAGAGCUGGAGAGAGCGAUGCUGGGUAUCUCUCCUUCCAAGCAACACGUGCAGAGCUCUGUUUUUGCAUCAUCCUCAUCGUCAUCAUCUGCCAGAGAACGACAGCCUUUGAGAAGAGAAAGAGGUCUUUAACCCAAAGCGUCCUGCCGUCGACCGACACAACUGGGACCAUGAAUUCUUAUCCCACAUGAAGCAUGACUAUUCUCAUCCCGUCUCAUGUUGACCACGUUCUGGUCAUGUUUGUCUUUUGGUGUUCUACCUAUUGUCCUAGUGACUAUGAAUUGAUUCCAGUCAUGAUGAGGUACCAUCUGCUACACUGGCUGCACCAGCCAAGGCUAAGGGUUCACAAGUAGAUGCCCCUGCAUUACCAUCCGUAAAGAGACCUGUGCCCGUUCCCCAGGAGCUCAUGUGUCUGAUGCCCGAAGGAGCAGCUCAUCUGUCAACAGAGGCGACUGCCACAGUUCCUGGAUCAGAGGAGCUCCUGAUUUCUCCUGAGACGUCUGCAGAGCCCGGUCAACUGCCAACUCCACACAGAGAUCAAAGUGAGCCUUUACCCAGGCCAAUAGCUGUCCCCACCUGUCCUCCUCCACAGCUUCCUGGCUACGACCACGAUGUCAGCCAGUGGAACUGUUCACAGCAGCAGAGGAUCUGGAUGAAGACGGAGCUGGAAUCUAUGGGUCUCUGGCCAGGUUCCAUUCCUGUGCGGAACCCCAUGAAGAUGGUGUCAUUGUGGCGUUUGCCUCCCCAGCCUGAAUUGAUUGACAGCAUCUCCGAUCUUCCUUCCCCAAAGUACUUUCAGCUCCAUCCAUUUUUUAUAUGGAAGCCAGAGAACAAUAACCUCAUGGGGAGGAUGAGGAACAACGACACUCUGCCGUGUAUGGGAGGUUGUGCACGGCCUCAAGUUGCCUCUGCAGGUGUUGGUAGACCUCGUGUCGUUGUUGGCAUCACUGGACAGUACUACCUGUUGUCAUCCAGGCUGUGCUGCAAAGUGUGCAAAAAAAAGUGGUACGCUGACAACCCACUGUGGCUUGACAAACUCCCAAAGAGGUACACAAACCUCUUGCCAGCCAUCCUGACGUACAAGAAGGCAAUAUGUAAAUCCGUCAUGGACGAGCUCAGGCGGACAGGUAACUCCCCCAGCGACAUGACAAAGCAGGUAAUGGAGGUGAUGCACUUGAAGUUUGAACGGGCUCACCUGGCCCACCUCCUCAGCUGCCAAAAUGUCAUGGAUGGGGAGGCAGGACAGUAUGACCAAAGAACCAUCACUCAGUUCUUGCGACAGGAAACAAAGCCGGCUCCCUUCGGAGAGUACAGUGAUUCAGAUGGCUGGAACGGGAUCAUUGUGUCUUCUCACUACCUGGCUGACUGCUUGCUGCACGAGUACCAACACCAGGAGAGUGCCAUCAACACACUUUUACAGGGGACCUUUGGACAGGCUUUCCGCUCAGACCACACCCGCAAAAUUGCGAGGAAGGUCACCUUUUCAUCCGGCACCAUGUCCUCGUAUGCGGUCAUGAAUGAGAACUGGAUGAUCCUUUCAUGGGUGAUGGUGCAGUCUGAGACGGAGAAGUCCCUGAAGCCCAUGUACGAGGGACUAGCACGGCGCUACAGCACAGCAGGCAUAGAGAAGGCACAAUACCACUGGGUAGACAGGGAUUGCUGUGCAGCAUUCAAAGUGGCAGAAUCGUAUGCAGGAGAGCAUCUGAACUGGGAUUCUUGGCAAACAACUGAUGCCAUCGUUGCCCAGGCUACUUCUGGUAACCUGCUGAACACGUGUGCGUCACGGUCCCAUUUCAGUGCCAACUUGAGCAUCAAGCUGGACUUAUUCCACUGCAUGAGGAGGUUCCUCCGUGAGUGUGUGACAGAGCAUCAUGCACUGUACAGUUCUUUUGCUCAGUUCCUGUCUGCAGCCUUUUCUGUGGUGGAUCAGGAAGACCUGCAGAGGCUUAAAGACGCCUAUGCCUUCUGUGGGAUUCAGCCUGCCAACCCAACCAAGCCACACAUUCGGGAGCACUGCAGGACCAGGAUCACACAGCCGGAGGAGCUCAUCAAGAGGGUGGAGGGAGUUUUACAGCAGUUUCACCUGGCCAGUGAUCCAAAUGGCGCUCCUCUCUUCAAGCCCUCAAUGCUGAAGCUAUGGCGGAUCCAGCGGGUGCACAUCCUGCGAGGUUGCCUGAGUGAUCCCGUGGUUGAAGGAGGGAUUUUGUACAGGCAUGGAGGAUCUCUGCAGCUGAAUCAUGUGCAGGGUGAAGGGGCCAGAGUUCCCAUUUGGAUCCCCAUCAGAGGCACAUCCCAGCAGGAGGGAUAUCACUUCCACCAGGCUCAGUGGGUCACUGGAACACGUGUUUCCCCAGAGCUGUUUCAAGCACAGGGGAUGACUGGCGUGGCGCGGUGGAAUUACCAGCGCCUGGUGGACUUGAAGCAGCCUGGUGUCCACCUCCCAGCCGUCUUUGAUCCUGCAUUAAUGGCCCAGCUCAACGCAGUCUCCGAACGGGUGUUGGGACACAUGAAAUAUCCAGCAUUUCAUCUCUCUAGCAGAGACACUGGAGAGAAGUUUGGCCUGCAGUACGUUGAGCCAGGUUGCCGCCCAGUUCCUGUGGACUGGGACAAGCACAGGACCAAGACAGACUCUGCCCCGGCCCUGAGUCCACCUCCUCAAAGCAGCGCGCCGACUGCCCAGUCAUCCUCAUCCUCAAUGGCACCCCUGAAGCUGUUUCAGUUUCCUCCACGCCCUGCUGCAGAUUCUGCUGUCAAACCAGACGUGACUCCCGGGCCUCAGACAGAUCCAGAAACAUGUCGGCCGUCUCUGCCCCUGCUGUCCUCACCGACUGCCGCUCGCACUGGACCUGUGAAGACAGGAGGGAGAGUGUUUGUGUUGGACCACAAGCGGUGGCCGGCCCCCAUGAAGGCAGCUAUAGACAACCUGCUCAAUGAACACCGUGGGAUGAAGGACAUGCUCAAGCUUGUGGACCAGGGCUAUGCUGCUCUAGUUCACAACUCCUGUACAGACCCAAACAGCAUGCUGCACCCAACAACAAAACAUCACAUCUUACAAUAUGUAAAACACCUCUGCAAAUUACUAAACACCAGCUCAUCUUUGAACACCAGCCCAGAAAAACUGCAAGAGAGGCAGGAACUCUGGCACUCUCUGACAAAGGGCAGUGAGACUACCCGUGUGCCAGUUGUAACUAUGCCUGUUGCAGUCGUUAACCCACCGCCACCUGGUCAGACCCUUACGAAAGCCUCCAUUGAGGAAAUUGUCCAAAACAUCCUAGACAAGCAACAGCAGCAUCAGCAGCAACAACAACAACAACCAGUGCACAAAAAGAAGCAGACAAAAACGUGCCUGUCCUGUGGCCAGCCAAAGUCCAGGUAUGAGAAUGAUGGUUCCUCCAUCCACUUCUUUUACCAGCAGGGCCCCGUCAGGUACUUUUACUGCUCCACUAAAGUUUUUAAAGCUUAUGGUGCUGAAGGUCUGACAAACCCCAAAAUGCCCUUUAAAGACUUUGCAGGAACAAAGUUCUUUCAGCAGGAACUGUAUUCCACAAAGAAAAGGGUGGAGGAGAGAGGCCAGCAAAAGAGGAAGAGGACUGAAUCUCAGCACACGGAAUCCCGAGACACUGAAUCCCAGCACACUGGUCCAAGAUGUCGCUUCUGUAGGAUGGGACUGAAGCAGGGCCCAAACAGUCCUCAUAUUCACACCGGGUUCCCUGGAGUAACAGGGAAGUACGUGUAUUGCCCUGCUAAAGUAUUUUCCCUGUACAAAGACCAGGGCAUGGAGAAGGAGAUGACAUGGAGAGAGUUCCAGGUGUCUGCCUUUUAUGAGACAGAAAAAAACAGAUGGGCAGUUGAAAAGAGAAAAUAAGAGAAAUGUGGAGUGUUCUGUCAUGUAUAUAUUCUUUCUCUUUUUAAUAUUUACAUUCUUUUUAUUAUAUAUUUUUUUUACAAAUUUGUGUUGUGUUUGUUUGACCUUGCACUAUGGCCUCUGUUCAAUAUUUACUGUCCCUGUUGUGGUGAAUGAAAAUAUUUCAUGGA